AGCACGUACACCGCAACAGGCGGCUCGCCUUUGUUUCAUUUGUUGUCAUUACGUCUUUCUCUCGCUCCGCUUCCGGUGCAGAGCAGCGGGUCUGUUUUGGUGCAAGUCGGUGCGAAGCUGUUAUGUGACCCUUAUGCACGUAUCUUCGCAGUUUUGACAAGAACAGUAAUAAUAAUUGAAAAAAGAAAAAUAAUACUGUAGAGGUAUAGUGUAGUAGUGUAGAGACGAAGAAGACAGUGCUUCACUGUGAUGUGCGCUAAGGGGAACACAUCUGCACAAUCCGUUCUGCCUCGCCUCUCCCAUUCCGGUCUCCCUGUUCGCACAGAUUUCUCUGUACUGCUGUGGUGUUGCGUUCUCUCUCUCGCUUUCGCUUUCUUCUCUCUGCCGUUGAUGUUCGAGUAAUUAAACAUCUUCUUCUUUUCCUUUUUCCUUGCUACGAGUUUCGACACACCAUCAUAGAUGAGGCACGGGUGAAGUCGAAGUGCAGUCGUCAAUCUAUCACCUUGGAUUCGUGUGAACCGCCUGUUUUGCGUUUGUGUGGCGAAGUCUUCUGUGUGUGUGUGUGUGUGCCUGUUUUCCUUCCUCCUUUUUUUUUACUGUUAAAACGGAAAACAACGUAAGCACUUUACGUCCGGAACAAACGUCUCAAAAAAUCUUUUUUUCUCUUGCUCUUUCUGCCCUCUUUUAAACUCUUCAGCCACAGGUGCUGUCGGCGGGCUAUCCCGUAGUGCCCCUAUUUGUUGGAAGAGUCGUCUGCGACGCAUCUCCGCCUUUAUCUUUCUUUUCUCUCCGUUGUCGUUGCCGUUGUCGCUUUUUUUUCCCGCCUUUUUUCCUUUUGGAUUGUGCUCCGAACUCUUCCGAGAGCAGCCUCGCUUGUGAGCUCGUCGCUUCUGUGAGCGUGUGCGGGGUCCGGCUGCCUUAAAUCUUCACACUUUCACGUAACCCCAGCGCACUUUUUAGGUGUUGUUUUUAUCCAUUUUCCCUUUCCUCUCUCGGGUGGGCGCACCUUUUUUAGAUUCCUUCCAUGUCUCGUUUGAAGAUUAAUUUGGAGGCUAUAGAGCGAGAUUGCAACACCAACGCCGAGGGCUUCUCCGCUGAUGGCCGCGUGCGGGUUGGCUCUCUGCUGGUGUCCUCCGAAGGGGUGCGGGACAGCGAAGGCCACUACUACGAGCUGUCGUUAAACGACUUCGAUGUCGUGCCAGAGGCGGAGGGCGGCUUUUUAGGCCGCGGUAGCAGUGGCUCUGUUCGUCGUGCCACCCACCGCCGCAGCAGCACCGCCGUCGCGCUGAAGGAGAUUAAGGUGUCGGGCAAAGCUCACAUGAGUGAGAUACGGCGGGAGUUGGAGACCCUGCACGCCGGCGACUCCGCCACGCCGUACUUGGUAAACUUCUACGGCGCCUUCACGCACGAGGGCGCAGUUUUUAUCGCGAUGGAGGCGAUGGACGGGUCACUGCAGGAGAUCGCCAAGCCGACCCCGCUGCCGGUGCUCGCUUGCAUCACGCGCCAGAUGCUAAAAGGUCUCUUUUACCUUCAUCGCAUCCGCCACCUCAUGCACCGCGACCUGAAGCCGAGCAACGUGCUCUACAAUAGCCGCACGGGGGACAUCAAAAUAUCCGACUUUGGCGUUAGCUCGUUCCUGGAGUGCACCAAGGCAGACGCGCACAGCUUUGUCGGCACGGUGACCUACAUGAGCCCGGAGCGCUUGCACGGCGACUCGUACUCGUACGGUGCGGAUAUCUGGUCCCUGGGACUUGUGGUGGGGGAGCUAGCCCUUGGGGCUUGCCCUUUCGCGGGUUUGCGCGGGGAGAGCAGCGAGGGCCGCUUCUGGGCUCUCAUUCAACAUCUGAACGCUGCCGGCCCGGCGCUGGAGCUGCCGGAAGAGAUGGACGGUACCUUAGCGGACUUUAUUAACGCCUGUGUGGUAAAGUCACCAGAGCAGCGUGCGACGUGCAGCGAGCUUCUUCAACACCCCUUUAUCAAGAAGUACGCCACCAGCAAGGCUGCACCUGCGUCGCCGCCGGCAACGGUGAAUGCCGCAAGAGGAGGCAGCUUCUUGACACCACCCCCGCUUGCCAUUGCCAUCCCCGGCGCGGGCUGCGGCAAGGCGCGCUCGCCCGUUCUUAGUUUUCCCGCCCCCACCCGUGCCUUUGAAGGCUUCCCCGGGACUGACAGCGGCGGGCCGGGCUCCGGUGCGGGCUCCUUCUCGGCGCUCCUCCCCACCUCUGCCUCCUCCUCCCCGCCCAUCUCUUCCCUGCAAGAGCGGCACGAGGACGAGGCGGACGAGGACUUUGCAGAUCACCUUGUCAUCCAACAGUGGUUGCGCUCUAUGGAAGAGCGCGCGACUCGGCAUCGGCACCGGCCGCGCGGCAGCGACGCCCACCACCACAAGCCAUACGCCAGCCCCGCAAACGGGUCGAGCGCUGGGAACAAUGCAGGGGGCAGCGCAGCGAACACCGUCAGCACCGCUGCGGACGGCGAGCACGCCAGCUCUCAUAGUGACGAGGGUUGGGAGCAGAGUCACGACCGUUACUCGAGUGACGGCGGUAGCGCCUGUGCGCUGCCUCACGACGGGACACCAGGGCAGCAGCAAAGCUUCGAGUCGUCGCGUGCCGGCGGAGAGCCGUCUGUGAAUCUGGAUGAGGAGCUCAACAAACUGCUGCUUUAG